CGUCAUAUUUGCAGACGCAAGAAAAAAAAAACAUGGCGUCGACGAAGUUGUAUGUGGUGAUAAUUUUCAGUUUAUUCAUAAAACAUUCAUUUCCUGUAAGCAGACUGGACGAAAGGUAUUCACAGAAACGAAUAAAAAGGUCACAGAGCACUGGACCAACGCAUAUCACUGAAAAAUAUAAAAAUGCUGCUAGUCGCGAACUUUUAGAAACACAUCAUUCUUUUGAUCGCAAACCAAUGUCUCGCUUGACGAUGUCUUGCAAAAGCAAGGCAUACAAGAUGAUCAUGUCAGACUAUCCUUUUGCAGAGGUACGUUGGAAACACAAUGGGGAGAAUUUUGCUCUUCAGCCGUCAAGGAUGGUCACAGGUUUGAAUUCGGUGACUAUACAGAAUCUUAUGCCCGAAGACAGCGGUGUGUACCACUGUGUGUUGACAUUGAGCAAAAAAGUUCACAUUAUUGUUGCAGUAUUUUCUGUUGUUGUUGGAAAUGAAACUAAACAUGUUACAAAAGGCGACACUGUGAAAUUAGAAUGUCAUGGAAAUGAACUCGGCAAAAUAUUUAAGCAGUCGACUAGAAUGUGGACAGAUCCCAAGAGAAGAGAGCAGUUCCGGAAAUCAGCUAUUGAUAAAACCCAGGAUGUAAUCAAAUCAGCAGACGAGAAAAGUGCAGGACUAUGGUUGUGCCAGGUAGAGGACAGAAGCACUAACCGGGCAUGGAAAACAGCUAGAAUUGAAAUAACAGUUGGACCAGCACCAACGGGAUGGAAGAAAUUAGUAAAAUAUUCAAAGACACACAAAGUUGAAACAGUGGCCAUUAUGUUUGCUGCAACAUUUGUGUUAGUCUUGAUUAUGAACUGUUUGACUAAAAUAGUGGAAUGGAAACAGAAAAAGUUUAAAUCUGAACUGGAUGAAAUUCAAAAAGUUCUUGGGAUAACUGAAGAAAAUUUGGGUGCUGAUAAUAUUCCAUUGUUACUACGUGAAGCAGACGACAAUAUAACCGGAAAUGGUAGUUCAGAUGAAGAGAGUUGUAAAAGCUGAUAUGGGUCGUGUAUGAUCUGCAUUCGUUUGCGUAAGUUGUCAAGGCAAAGGGGACCAUCAUGAAGAAGGAAAAUAAUAUGUAAUGACUAAAGUUUAUGUGGUAGGCUACUUUAAUGAAUACAAAAUUUACAUUGCUAUCAUAUUUUCUGUAAAUACUCUUCUUCCCAACUGCUACCUUGCACAUAAAAAAUAAAUUUUACAUUCGUAUUGGUCGUAGAUAAUUUGUUGUCCUGUUAAUUUCAAUGAUGUUUUUCAUUGAAUAUUUUGGAAUAUUAUAGUGAAACAUACUGGUAUUUUAUGUAAAAGAUAUUAAAAAUAUAUUUCAAUGUUAAGAAGUUAUAAAAUGUGUGAAAUUUAGUUAAAACUGGAUUGGUUAAAUAAAAUAUGUUUAUCAAA